AUGAAAACCCAGAAACUGAAGAAAAUGCUAGGUGCUGGUGCGGCACUUCUUUCUUUUUUUAUUAUAAGGUGCAGAGGAAGCUGGAGCGUUUUUGACGAGGAUGCACCUAGCAAUAGCGCCGAUCCAUGGAUAGGAGGGGAAAGAACACUGCGGCAGGAGGAUGCUAUUUCAGAUGACCACCUGAGAUGGGAUUUGCUGGAUGGAAGACUCAACCUAACAGACUACACAGCAGAUGAGUAUGAGCAGUUUGGACAGAAGGAGUAUAUACCAGAGUACAGCACAGAUAAAAGUGUUUUUGCUGGAGCAAACAGCAUUGCAGAGCCGCCCAGAGCAGAAGAUGGUAGAAUAGAAGAUGGGUUAGAUCUAGGCUGCGUUGAUCCAGAGAUGGGCAGCUCUAUCUUCUCAGAUGUAUAUAGAACUUUUGAGGGGCCGCAGAGGGUAGAAGAGCAGUGCAUGCUGGAUACAUCCAAUAACAAGAAUAUGGCCUGUGCACACGGUACAAAGAGUGCAUAUUCUGCCUCUACUAGCCUAGAUAAAGGCUCUAUCUGGAGCCAGCUGCCUCUAUCGAUAGGCGAAAUGAAGCAGCUGCUUUUGCCUUGUCAGGAAGAUGUGGAAAUAUCUGGCAUAGGUAAAGAUGCCUUCUGUGAAACAGAUGACAGUUAUGCUAGGUCAGAUGCAGGGCAGAAAAGAAAAGCCGGCAGCAUAAACAGCUCAAUGAACGUGGUUGAAUACUCAUCUAUGGCACCAAACAAGAGGGGCAGAAAAGAGGGUAGACCAAAGGAAAGAUAUGAUGCUGCCUGUGGCCAGGAGUCUGUUGAGAUAAUGAUGGCAGAUAGAAAAGGAAAGGGCGCUGCAGGAAUACCAAUGAGAGACCUCAACACCAAUCUGUGGAACAGUAUAAGGCUGAAAAACACGGGAAGAAGGGGCUACAAGAUUAGCUACAAUACCCUGUGUGAGAGCAAGUGCUCAAAAAACCGUCUGAUCUACAUGGUGAAAAAUGAGAUGUACCAGACAAAGCUUAAAAUAGACAUCAGCGAGUUUUUAGAGUACAUUGCCCCGGUAACAGAGAAGAAUGCGCUGUGCUACUUCAUUGCAAGUAGAACCACGAACACAAACACAAAAUACAAAGAUCUUCUCGGGCUGAAGAGGCUGUUCAUGGACACUGAGAGCAUAUACAGAAAAAUGGUAGAGAGCUUUGCAGGGUACUAUCCCGGCGUGCUUGAUGAUAUGAUAGCGUACGUAGAAAAGCACGAGCCUAUGCGAAUCAAUGCAAAAAACCCCCCAACUGUGUGGAAGAAAAGCCUGGGCGACAUCUACAUGAGCGACUGUCUUGAAAUGAACUACGCUCUGGGCGGAAAGCAGGGCAGGAUUGGCGAGCUAAAAAAGAAGUAUCACACACUGGCGUAUGCAGUGCACAUGCUUGCAAUGCUGCCCGAAGUAUCCCAGGACUUUUCAAGGAUCAGCGACGAGUUUAUAGAAGAGACAUACACCUCGGAAAGCAUAGCUAGAAACAAGAAAAACUGCCAGAUUCUAUUGAGAAUAAAAAGGAUAGUGCAGAUGCACAAAGAAGAGAGGAUAGACGAGAGCGUGUACAAUGCUCUAUACUGCAUCUUUGAAAACAUGUACGGCGAAGAGGCCGUGCAGAAGUCAACAGCUGUUGGCCUGUACCGCGCCAUAUACACUCUUCUUGCGAAGUUCUAUGAGAAGGCAGCAGUGAUUGAGAAAAAAAACAAAUAUGUUUUGGCAGGCAAGUGCAUAAUAAAGAACCAGAUGCACAUGAAGUGCAAAGUCGCAGUGGAUACAGCAGCAGAAGACAGAGACAGGAGGCUUUUGAGUCCAGAGUAUUCGUUUGAGGAGAACAGAUGGGUUGUCGCACCCGAUGCGCCUGCUCACUAUCAUGUGUACUAUGUGGAAAAUACACUGGGCCAGGUCAGAGUGCUGUGCAUGCCCAUGUACAAAGAGCCUGGCAGCGGAGAGGAGUUCUAUGUGCACACGAUUGGCGACACAGUAGCGUACAUAAAGCAGCUGUAUGGAAUAAAAGACAGCUCUGAUGUGGUGCACCCGUUUAAAGUGAACAGGGAAACCAAAGAGUGGUCUUAUAUCAAGACAGAAGAAGGGUACAGAAAACAGACGGUGAAAGACUUGAGAGGACACGAGGUAGUGUUCUAUCACAUCGAGGAGGACAUAAGAACAACAAAGUUUACCUUUGCAGAGUUCAGGUCUCUCAAUCCGUACAGUGAGGAGGUUAUUUUCAUCCCGCUGUUUCUUACGCCUCUCAUGCGGUCUGCAGUGGGCCUGGGUCUUUUUGUUGUGAUGGCAGAGGAGCACAAAGAGAUGGACUCCAUAAAGUUUGAAAACAGAGAGCCCGACACGUAUGUAUACGACUACAAGUACAUGGGGCCGUACUAUUUGGACAUGUAUACGUACUACAACAACCUGUACAUCCUGCCAAAUAGAAUACAAAAUGCAGAGUGCUACAGCAUGUGCUGCCAGCUCAGGAAGGAGGAAAAUGGUACUCUCAGAGCGGUCUGGCAUGUGAAGGUGCCGGGAGGGGCAGAUGAGUACACACACUGUGUGCCAAGUAAAGAGUUCGAGAGAGAGGGAAAUGCAAGAGAGUUUAAUGCGUUUAUUACAGCGGUGGAGUCAAGAGAGUACAACAAGGACAGCCAGCUGCAGGGCUUUUGGCUGAGCGAAGAUAGCACACAGCACGAGGGAGCAGAAAGCCAAACAUACAAAAUAUGCGUCUGGCCAUCGAAAAAGAACAGCAAGAAAAGCGGGGAUAGUAGGAGCCUAGAAAAUAUCGAGACAGAAAUGGUUGAAACACAAAAGAAGAUCGAAGAGAUAGAAAAGCGCCUGGACUUCUUGAGACAGUGCAGUACAAAAGAGACCACAGAAAAGGUGCGGCUUGAAAAGGACGCGCUGCGGUGCAAAAGAAACAGAAAAGCCAUCAAACUGGGGAAUCUGCGCGAGGAGAGGGAGAUAAAGGUAUCCAAAAGGCCAAAAAGCGCGAAAACAGGGCUCAUAGUGUUCCGGAACGUGAACCCAAACAGGUCCAAUCUGGGAGCACACAACGAGAUUCUCAAUGUUUUCAUCACUUCAUACAGACAGCAGCAUAAAGCUCAGUAA